ACUUUAAAUCUCCGUUUCAGUCCAAGAUCGAUCACGAGCCACAAUGAGUCGUUUUCGAAAAAAAAUUUUUGCACUACUUUUUGUAGGAUUUUUGAGUUUUGUUGGUGCUAGUGAUGACAAUGUGAUGAAGAUUCUGCAGCGCCAGAGUGGCCAACCGUUGCUCAAAUACAACACUGCGAAAGAAGAAGCAAAAAACAUGACCGGUGAUGACGCAACCGGCUACGAAUCCUUCGUCGCCUACGACCUCCAGAUCCUCAUCGACACCCUCGAGGUCCUAAACGACACCCAAUGCUCCCGCGACGCCAUGACCGUCAUGGAGGGCAUCGCCAAAAGGGCCCUCUGGGCCUUACAAAUGUUCGACGCUUCAUCGAAAUUUCCGGUGGGUCUCCUCCACGGUAAUUUCUACCAAUUAGGAAAUUUCGACGAAUGCAUCAAAGUUGGCCAUAACAGCCCGAUCCGAGGUCAGUACUGUCUAGCCUCUGUGGAAUUAAUCAAGAAACCAUCGGAUGGACGUGUGGCGCGAUCAUUUGAAAAACACAAGGACAAACCUCGCCAUAUUUUCAACAGAACCAUGUUUUGGAGCGUCUGUGUACCAUCGUCGUGCACAGUCGACGAAGUUCGCCUAAUUGUCAAACAACUAUUCACCUUAGCAACCAAACAACCAAUCACAGUGACACUGAGAGAGGAUAAGUGUCACGUGGAUAAAAACGAGCCAAUCACAGCGCUGGAAAUUGUCUACGGUUGCAUCGUCGGCAUUUUUAGUGUUUUUAUUAUUUUUGCGACUGUUUUUCAUUAUUGUGUCAAACACAAUGUAGAGUCAGGAAGUGUUGUCAAAGACGCUAUAUUUUGUUUUUCUUUAAUCAAGACAGUUGGGAAAUUUUUGACAACUAAAACGUCAAGUCUUAAUCUAGAGUGCCUGAGUGGUAUAAAAUUCAUCUCAAUGUUGUUUAUAAUCGCCGGACAUUCGUUUCUGUUUCUGGUGGGAGGGCCGGUCCAAAAUACAGAUUUUUACGAAGAGGAAAGUCGGAAUGUGUUGAACGCCAUAUUUGUUAAUAGUCCACUAUUGGUGGACACGUUUUUGCUUGUCAGUGGCUUCUUGAUGUGUUAUCUACUAUUACUAGAGCUUGACAAGAGAAAGGGUAAAAUAAAUGUGUUGGUACUAUACAUAGCACGUUACAUAAGAUUGACGCCAUCUUACUUAGUUGUGAUUGGUUUUUAUUGCACUUUCUUGUCGCGGAUUGGUGAUGGUCCUUUAUGGGACUCUAGAAUUAAAAAUGAGCAAGAGAAGUGUCAAAAAUCAUGGUGGACUAAUCUACUCUAUGUCAACAAUUAUGUCAACACUGAUAAUAUGUGCAUGUUCCAAUCGUGGUAUUUGGCGGCCGAUUAUCACUUGUUUAUCAUAGCCCCGUUUAUAAUUUACCCACUUUGGAAGUUUUCUAAAGUUGGCAAAACUGUACUCGGACUUGGGGUUUUCAUCAGUGUUGCCAUACCAUUUAUAGUGACAAUUGUAAAUAAACUAGAUCCGACUUUAAUGAUUUUUGCACCGGAAGUUUACGAAAUCACCGAUAAUUACUACUUCAAAACCGCUUAUAUUAAGACACAUAUGAGGGCCGGUUCGUAUUUUUUUGGCCUAUUUUUCGGGUACCUUUUGUACAAAUUGCAAAGUCAAGGAACCAAAUUGUCGAAACGGGUAAUUUGGUUCGGUUGGUUCCUUUGCACCACUUGCGGCAUUACAUCUAUGUAUUCCAUUGUGGUGUUUUAUGCCCCCGAGCACCAAUAUAAUGCCGUCGAGGCGGCGAUUUAUGCCUCGCUUCAUCGCGUUGCCUGGUGCAUAUCUAUAGGGUGGAUCAUGAUAGCGUGCAUUACGAAAAAUGCCCCGAUUGUUAAUCAAUUUCUCUCCUGGAAGCCUUUUAUGCCCUUAAGCCGGCUCACGUACUGUGCGUAUCUAUGCAACGGAUUUAUCGAAAUUUACAGUUUAGGGUUGAUAAGGCAGGGAACGUACAUGGGGAAAUUUGAGUUGGGAACUAAGUCGCUGGCACACUGCGUUUUGACGUUUGGAAUGGCUUUUGUUUUGUGUAUUUUCUUUGAGUCGCCCAUUCAUGGCUUGGAGAAAAUUUUAUUGAGGAGAGUGCCUCAAAGGACCUCAAAAGUCAAGGCCGUAAGUAAUGAGACAGUCAGUACGGAAAUUUGAUUGGUGGUUAUUUAUUUGUACACUCUGUAUAUUACUGUUGACUAUUUGUAUGUUUUGUAAAAUAAAUGUGUAAAAACUA